AACGAAAACGUAUAAAUAAAGUUCAAGAUAGUUGAAUAUCAACAUGGCAAUGAAAAUAAAGACAGAAAAUGAAGAAAACACGCAAGGUGUUAUCGAAUACGAAUCAUCUUGUAUAGCACCUGAGUCUGAACAAAACCAAAAUAACCUAAACGAAUAUUCUCAAAUCCAAUCAGACGAUGCUGAUGCACCCAAUCUGAUACAUUCCAUUGCAAAAAGAUCUCAAAUAGAGGAACAGUCAAAAUCCAGUGAAGAUCAAACGGAGCUUAUUACUCCUGAUGGCACUGGAGCGGAACUUUUUUCGAUACUGGAAAUCGAAGAGACAAAUGUUAAAAAAGAACCCAUCGAAAAUCAAAUCUUGAAAAAGAACCAAUGUGGGAUUUGUCAAAAAAUAUUUCGAGGAAAAUGCCUGCUUGAGAUUCACAUGCGCGUUCAUACCGGAGAAAAACCUUUCAACUGCACACUAUGCGGGAAAAACUUUCGACAGAAAGCUGCUCUCAAAACCCAUUUAUUAAAUCAUACGAAAAUCAAACCGUUUAAGUGUGAUCAGUGUGAUCGAGCGUUUGCCACCCAAAAAGAUCUAUCAACUCACUCUUUGAUACAUUCACAUGAAAGGCCAUUCAAUUGUGAUGUCUGCAAUAGGUCAUUUGUAUCUGAGAAAACAUUAAAGUAUCACAGAGCUCAGCACACAAGAGGAUAUCCAUUUGGCUGUGAUGUUUGUGAAAUGAGAUUUUGCUAUAUGCAUCUUCUUCGGCGACAUAUGCUUACACACACUGGAGAGAAGCCAUACAAGUGUAAAUAUUGUGGUAAAGGAUUUCGACAAAGACACGAAUCUGUUGUUCAUAUGCAAACACAUCCAGAAAUUAAUUCAGACAAAGAUAAGCCUUCACUUCAACAGGUACUGCAACUUAUUAACUCAUUGCCUAGAGAAGGAGACAUAUGUGAAGCUAAAGAAUCCUCUCUAACAACUACUAAUGAAAUCAAUGGACUUCAACCGACUGAAACUGUAUCUAGUCCUGGCCUCACAAGUCAACCUUCACUCAUUGAAGAUCAAUCUCAACUGUCUACUGAAAUUGAAAACCCUGUACAUAACGGAGACAAUUCAGACACUUCAGAAAUACAAGUCAAACUGGAACCUAUGGAUAUGGAAUGUACCAAAAAGUUUGUUUGUAAAUGUUGUGGAGCUCGUUUUGCUUUGCAAAAUACUUUAAGUCAUCAUGUGCGACAAAAUAUGUGCUCUCUAAAGCAUUUCACUUGUCCAAAUUCAAAAUGUCAAAGGGUAUUCGCAUCUCAAGAGAAUCUUGAUGCUCAUAUCCUUACACAUACAAAUUGUGAUUUAUGUGGUCAAUCGUUUAGUAAUAGUGAUGAAAUCGAAACACAUAAGGCGGAACAACAUAAUUUGAAGGUUAAACAUCCGUGUCCUCAUCCAAAUUGCAAUAAAGCUUUUUAUAAAGGAGGCCAACUCGAAAAACACAUCGAAACACACAACAUCCAAAAAGAAUUCCAGUGCACGCUCUGUGAUAAAAGCUUUCAUCGAAAAUUCUAUCUAGCCCAACACAUGAAUCGUCAUACCAAAACAAGACCCUUCCAAUGUGAGCAAUGUUCAAAGGCAUUUUAUAGUUCUGGAGAACUACAAAGACAUAUUAUGCGACACACUGGCGAUCGUCCAUUUCCAUGUGAUAUGUGCGAUAAAACAUAUCCUUUAGCUAGCGAAUUGAGAGUUCACAAACAAUCUCACUCAGGCGAACGACCCUUUGCUUGUGAAUUUUGCCCGAUGCGUUUUGGAUUUGCCAACGUGCUGAGAAAACACCUGAUAACGCACACCGGUGAGAGGUCAUUCAAAUGUACUAUAUGUGGUCGAGGAUUUGUCCACAAACAAAAUUGUGAUGAUCACAUGAAAAUGCACUCAGGUGAAAAAGAAUAUGGCUGCGAAGUUUGUGGAAUACGAUAUUACACUAAAGAUUCGUUGAGAAAACACAUGAGAAAUCAUAGAAAGAAUCAAAGGUUAGAAGAGAAUGUUGCUGAAAAUAUAAGCACAUUAUGUUAAAAAGAAGUAAGAAAAUAUUAGGCUCAAUUUAUAUGGCAAUGCUGCUUAAUGUAUGUUUUAUUCCUAUAGCAAUAAAAUAUAUUGUAAUACAAUUAUAAUAUGAUUAUAUAAGAAACUAAAUACGAACUUAAAUUAUGAAAUAAAAUAGUUAAUUUAUUAAAACUUAAAA